AUAGAGGGCGCCAAACAGAAUUCAGAAUCAUAACUCGGCGCAGUGGAACCGUCAUCCAGCGUUGAAGAUGUCUUGAUAUUUGACCAUUUUUUCCAGAACAAGAGACUUUCAAAGCCUUGUGCUUAAUAUCACGUAUUAAGUAAAGCAUUUCCAUUGCAGACAUGGAGCAAAGGCCGGAAACACCACCCGUACGGGAGCGAAUUCCCCGUUCGAAAUCUCUCAUCAUGCCGACGAUCGCCAACCCGUUUGUGCACAGACUCAAAUUGAGUGGCUGGGAUAAAAUCAGGAUUGCCGUUAUGUCAGUGACAAUAGUGCCCAUUCGUGCCAUUUUUGCCAUACUCUUUCUGUUCGUCGAUUGGUUGUUCUGCAGCGUGAUCGUGAUGGGCCACAAAAAAAACGCUGCUGAACAACAGAAGCCUUUCACAGGUUGGAGAAGCUUGUUGCGCAGAUUCCCCGUGGGUUUCGCGUACCGGGCGAUGUUUUUCGCGAUGGGUUUCCAUCGGGUGGACAUUCGGGGCAUGCAGGCGUCCCCACGCGAGGCGCCCAUUGCCGUGGCCGCGUGCCACACGACCAUCUUUGACGGCCUGCUGUUCUACAUGAUGGGGUACCCGACGGUGAUCGCGAAAACAGGCAUGAAAGAUUACCCGCUGAUUGGACCGCUGGUGGACUGUCUUCAGCCUGUCUACGUCUCCAGGACGGACCCAGACUCGCGGCUCAAAACGAUCAAGGAAAUUAACAGGCGUUGUGAGCCGGACAGCGAAUGGCCGCAGAUCGUCAUCUUCCCCGAAGGCACCUGCACGAACGGCUCUUGCCUCAUCACGUUCAAAGGAGGUGCCUUCUACCCUGGUGUGCCUGUGCAGCCUGUUGCCAUACAGUAUAAAAAUGCUUUAGACACGUUUACUUGGACGUGGGACGGGCCUGGAGCCCUGAAACUCAUGUGGCUGAGCCUGUGCAAUUUCAGCAAUAAACUGCAGGUCACGUUCCUGCCCGUCUACAAGCCCAGCGAGGCAGAGAUCAAGGAUCCUAAGCUGUUUGCUCGCAACGUCCGGGCAGUCAUUGCCAAUGCGAUUGACAAGCCAGUGACAGACCACACCUUUGAGGACUGUCGGCUGAUGAUGCGGGCCCAGGAGAUGGGGCUCCCUCUAGAGGUGGGCCUGGUAGAGUUCCAGAAGUUGCUCACCAAACUCGGAGUCAAGAUGGACCACCUGCAAGACAAGUUGAAAUCCUAUGCCGACAUCGCCAAGUCUGGCGGCUACAUCAACAUGGAGGAUCUGGCCAAGUACCUGGAGUUACCCGUCUCUCCUGCUCUCAAGGAGGUCUUUGCUCUCUAUGACAGGGACGGCAGUGGAAAGAUUGACUUUAGGGAGUACGUCAUUGGUUGUUCUCUGCUGGCACAGCCAGCCAACAAUGACGAAACGCUAAAACUGGCCUUUGCGAUGUUUGGCGGCGACAAGGAUUACAUUGAGCCCGAGGACAUGUGUCGGAUCAUGAACAGUGCAUUUAGCAUGGCAGAGGAAGAAUCACUGAAAAUAUUCAAGCAAGCCGACGCAGACAACAGCAGAAAAGUGACAUAUGAUGAGUUCAAGGCCUACAUGCAGAAGAAACCCGAGUACGCCAAGCUGUUCAUCACCUACCAGCAACUGGCCACCCUCCCGGAGACGAUUGAAGCCGACUUCAAGAACAAGCUGUGCGCGACAAAGAGCGAGCUGGACAUUGAACGCUCCCAGACGGAGCUGAAGACGGAAGCGUCGGCCGCCAAGACGGGCGAGGAGAAGAAGAGAGACUGACAUGAGGACGGCUUGGCUCCCGUCUCAAUGUGAUGAUGACGAUGAUGAUGAUCUUUCUUUGUAGCUCGAAAGUGUAGGUUAACCCUAACUCCCUAGGCCUUUGUGCUAGGAUGUAGCCUCAAUCCUGCAAAAUCCUCCAAUUGCCCUCAUGGAAAAAUAGCAUAUAUAGCCUCAAUCCUGCAAAUUCCUCCACUUUGGCAAAGAGGAUUGUGAAGGAUUCAGGGCGGCUAGGGUUAAUAGGUGAAUGCAGUAAGCAAUGACAGUAUUUAGCCAUGGAACCAUGAUCUCCUUAGUGGGGUGCAGUCUCUGUACUUGGUUUUCUUGACCACUGUUAUCUUCUAGAAAUCGAGUCCUGAAAAUCUGUGAAAACACAAAUUUACAGUGGGUUUUGCCCUUCGCCGACAUAUUUUGUAAACACUCAGUCUAGUCCAAGGGCUUGCAGAGAAAUUCACUAGUUUACUGGGUUGGGACUCGUACCCACGACUUCAGCUUACUAGAGCAGACGUCUUACCACUCGACCUUAAAGCUUGCCAGGGUCGAAUGACCGGUUCUAUUCUGAUGUAGCAGCGGGAACCUCAACCGUACAUUUUUAUAAGAUGGAAUUUGCAUCGGGGAGAUGUAAAUUUUAUUGUGGGUUUUUCACCCUUCACUGACGUAUUUUAUAAGCCGACGUGUAAUACUCACUGUUGUCCGAGGGCUUGCAGAAGAAAAUUACAUGCUUAUUCGGGUGGAACUCGAACCAACGACCUCCUGCUAACAGUGAAAAUGUUUGCCACUCGACCACCAAGCUUGCUGGGAUUGUGUGGAAAACUGUCGGAGCAGAAGACUCAUGGUAGGACCCAAACACCGUUCAUUUAGCGGUGACAUGAUAGUUUGCAUGGUCGAAAUUACUGGCAAGCUCCUAUUUCAUUUUCAGAAUUUAACCACUUUUCUUUGGAAAGAUAUCUUAGAUAUUUUCUUAGACCCAAAACAUUUAUACACGGACGGAUUCGUCGAGUUACAAACCAACUGCUAACAGAAAUUUCCAAAUAUGCGUCACUUGACACAACUUUGGAAAGGGCCUUCUUUUAUUGUUUUCUUCAAAAUGACAGCAUGCUAGAAUGAAUAAUUUCACAGAGAACUUAGUGCCAUUACUAUCUUAAAACCAAGUAUGCUUUUCAACAAUAAUUUUGUCAGUUAAUUUUUGGAUAGCUGCAAAUGAUGUACCUUUAAGAACCAUACUCUGAAAGCUGGCCUAGCAGUAUUUUAGCAUUUUUUUUAUACACCGCAUUUACAGUAGAGUUGCACUCAGCAACCAAAGUGUUUUUCUAUCUAAAGUAUUUUCUUUGUUUUUCACCUCAGGUAAGGUUUGUGUGUGGCAUUAUUAGGGCAUUAAGAAAAUUGAAGGCAAAUCAGGCACUAAACGGCCUGGACUUUUCUGUACAUAUUGCAUGCAAAAGUUAAACUUUGAAAUAUGAUUCUGUAAAUUUUUAAAAAUCAGAAUGGAUAACAUAAAACCUAAGUAACCUAGAUGUAAAAAAGCUAUGGUUGAUAUUUUGUAGAAGUGCGAAGCUCGAAAAAUGAAACACCAUGUAACAAUACAGAAAUCGUUUUUAUUUUCUAAACUUUGAAUUUAAGUUUCUUCCCAUUGUUCAAUCGAAUAAUCUGCCCUCACUUUUCCCCCUGCUAGUGCUUAUGUUGUUUAUACUUUGCAUUGAGGUAUAACUUACUUCGAAAUUGCUGCUUUUGUUCACUUUUUGAGUUCAGAAAAAUGAAAAUCAUCGCAUAGGGAGCCAAGCCACAUAAUUGCCACCUUUUGACAUUUAAUGUUGUCAGAAGUAUUUAUUUUAUUUAUCAUUUAAUAAGCUAAUCCAUUGUUUUGGAAGUGAUGAAUGACCUUGAUUUUUUUUCUAUUAUUCAUCAAUUUUUUUUCAUUUUAGAAAUAGAAAUCUGGCUUGGUUUGCAGUGAGGUUAUCUUAGCACUUUUCACUUUUAUAGGAAAAUAUAAUUUAAAAUGAUACUCUGUACUUAAAGUAAGUUCAAAGAAACCUGGAACACUAUAUGUAAAUAUACUUGAAAGCUUGUGGCCACUGUGACUUAUCCCCUUAUACUUGAAUGCAGUUAGUUGGUAUUAAAUUGGCCGGGUUUUAGUGAGCCCGCUGCGCACCGUGCCGCGAUACAGACAGACACUGCAUCCUUUUCAGAGAUACACAUACGUGGCAUGCAGUAUGGCACGAACACCCAGGGAAGAGAGUGCAUCUUCGACCCCGAUAUGCAUGUACGUCAACUCCAAUUACUCAAACGCGUCGAAACCCAGCAUGAUGUAAUAAAAAUAAUAAACGGCGCUGCACUAUAAGUUGGUGGUGCCGUCAAACAAAACAUGUCCGUCUAGUGACUUGUUCUCAAGUCUACAGCCUGUCUCAAACAAAAAAGGUACAAUC